AUGUCUUGCUUCCGCUGCUUCAGCAGCAGCGAGACCAAGAGGGGCACGGGCGAGAAGCGUCGGGCGGCGCCGGCGUCCCCGGCGACCGCCUCGUUCCCGUCCACCGUCUCCACGGGCGCGCCCUCCAACCUGACCUUCUCCACGGCGUCGUCGGCCGUCGGCACGAGCCACUCCGAUGACUCGAACGCGGUCAUGCGCCCGGCGGCGAGCAAGUCGUCGGGCUCGGGCUCGGUGUCCUCGGCGCGGAGCAUCCCGGAGCUGUACGAGGAGAGGGGAGCCAGCACCCUCCGCGAGUUCGGGUUCCGGGAGCUCAGGGCCGCCACCAGCGACUUCAGCCGCCUGCUCAAGGUCGGCGAGGGCGGCUUCGGGAGCGUUUACAAGGGCGUCGUCCGGCUACCUGGCGGACCCGCCGGCGGCACGGUGGUUGCCAUCAAGAAACUCAAUCCCAAUGGUCAUCAGGGCCACAAGCAAUGGUUGGCAGAAGUACAUUUCCUGGGGGUUGUUGAGCACCCAAAUCUCGUCAAGCUCAUUGGGUACUGCGCUGCUCGAAGCGAGCGAGGUCCUCAGAGGCUACUGGUCUAUGAGUUCAUGACAAACAAGACCCUGGACGAUCAUCUAUUCAAUAAAGCAUACCCCGUCUUUCCAUGGGACAUCAGGUUGCAGAUAGCACUGGAUGCCGCUGAGGGAUUGCUGUACCUCCAUGAGGGAUUAGAAGUUCAGGUCAUAUAUCGCGAUUUCAAAGCUUCAAAUGUCCUGCUGGAUGAGGAGUUUAGAGCAAAACUUUCAGAUUUUGGAUUGGCAAGGGAAGGACCAUCAGCUGGUGAUACCCACGUCUCUACAGAAGUUAUGGGGACCUUGGGCUAUGCAGCUCCAGAUUAUGUUGAGACAGGCCAUCUCACUACAAAGAGUGAUGUGUGGAGCUUUGGAGUAGUUCUAUAUGAGAUCCUCACUGGACGGCGCUCAAUGGAGAGGAACCGUCCCAAGAACGAGCAGAAACUUCUGGAAUGGGUGAGGCUGUAUCCCGUUGAAAGUAAGCAAUUCAGCAAGAUUAUAGAUAAAAGGCUUGAGGGCCACUACUCUAAGCAGGGUACUAGAAAAAUUGCCAUGUUGGCCAAUAGCUGCCUUGCAAAGCAGAGAAGGGACCGUCCAACAAUGAGAGAAGUGGUCGAGAGCCUGAAGCAAGCAAUGCAGCACAAGGAGUUAGAUGGGAAAACAGGGAGUUUGGGUGAGACUUCACCACCAGAGGAAGUAUCUGGAAAACCAACCACAGAGGAUGUUGCCGUGGCAUCUGCAAGGCGGAGGAUACUUCAUCUGGCUGCCCUAGGUGAGAAUGCAAACAGCAUUGCGAGGAGGAGAUUCAUGAUCAAGAGGACUGCGGCUACUCCAACUCCUACAUAA